GAUCUGGGGCAUCUCCCCGUCUGUAGUAACAAGCCAGACUAUGGGAUACUGGGUUCUGAGAUGGUGGUGAGGCUAACUGAUCCGCACAGAAGACACUGGUCUAGGUAGGGGAGAGAAGUUCUGCCCGAUAAGCAAUGUAAAAUAUAGGUAGAAAUGCGCUCUCCCCAGACCGCUGCCUUUGCUUAAUAACAACGUUUCGGAAAGCAGCCUAGUUGGAAACUGUUCAGCAGUCACAUGUGAUUAUUUGCAAUAAAUAUUUAUUGCCUUGAGGUAAUCACGUUGCCAUAUGUCUGUAUUUGCUGGGAGAAGUGGCCGGGUAGAUUAGAUAGCAAAUAAAUCGAUGCCAUCCUGUGUCUUGUUGGAGAGGGGACUCACAGGGGAAAAGUGAAUGAAGACGGACACAUGGGAUGCAGUACAGCUGGUUUUCCAGGUACUAACUGAAGAAGGAAACAGGAUUAUAAACCAUGAAGCAUAUCACUGAAUUCUAAAAAGUGAUACAACUUAACAUAUACAAUAUUAAACUGAAUGCUGGAAGGAGCACGCAGGAACCUGAUCUUACCCUCAACAUUGUUACUACUCUGCUGAAAUAAUGAGUGGAGCUCUUUCCUACCUGGACCCACGGAGGAUUCCGUGGAGAGCCACUUGGCAUGCAUUUAGUUCAAGGACUUUACGCACCAAACCUGUAGAGUCAAUGCUGGAAGGGACUGCUGGAACUUCUGCCCAUGGAACCAAAUUGGCUAGGGUCCUGACAACAUUGGAUCUGGUCUCACUUGGAGUUGGAAGCUGUGUUGGAACUGGGAUGUAUGUCGUCUCUGGAAUGGUUGCUAAAGAAAUGGCUGGACCAGGAGUAAUUGUGUCUUUCAUAAUUGCAGCAGUGGCAUCUAUCUUGUCUGGUGUUUGCUAUGCUGAAUUUGGAGUGCGUGUACCGAAAACCUCAGGCUCUGCUUACACAUACAGCUAUGUGACUGUGGGGGAAUUUGUGGCUUUCUUUAUUGGAUGGAAUUUGUUAUUAGAAUAUCUGAUUGGUACAGCGUCAGGAGCCAGUGCUCUCAGCAGCAUGUUUGAUUCGCUGGCCAAUUACACUAUCAGCCACUGGAUGAUUACCAAUGUGGGAACAUUAAAUGGAUUGGGAAAAGGAGAAGAUUCCUAUCCAGAUUUUAUAGCUUUGGUUAUUGCUAUCAUCGUGACAAUAAUUGUAGCCCUUGGAGUGAAAAACUCAGUUGGAUUUAAUAAUGUACUCAAUGUUAUUAACUUUUUAGUAUGGAUCUUUAUCAUGAUAGCUGGUCUUUUUUAUGUUAAUGGAAAGAACUGGUCUGGAGAUUUUCUUCCCUAUGGAUGGUCUGGGGUGAUGACAGGUGCAGCAACCUGCUUCUAUGCCUUUAUUGGCUUUGAUAUCAUCGCUACCACAGGGGAAGAAGCUAAGAGUCCCAAUACCUCUAUCCCAUAUGCCAUUACUGCUUCUUUAAUCACAUGUUUGACUGCUUAUGUGUCUGUGAGUGUUAUAUUAACAUUGGCAGUGCCAUACAACAUGAUCGAUACAGAAUCCCCACUGAUGGAGAUGUUUGUAGUUCAUGGAUUUUAUGCUGCAAAAUUUGUUGUUGCCGUUGGAUCUGUAGCUGGGCUCACUGUGAGUCUCUUUGGCUCUCUGUUCCCUAUGCCUAGGGUCAUUUAUGCAAUGGCUGGUGAUGGGCUUUUGUUCAAGUUUUUGGCCCAUGUCAGUUCCUAUACAGAGACUCCAGUCGUGGCCUGUGUUGUCUCAGGAUUCCUUGCAGGCCUUCUGUCUUUGUUGGUCAGCCUUCGUGAUCUGAUAGAAAUGAUGUCCAUUGGCACUCUAUUAGCAUACACACUGGUGUCUGUUUGUGUCUUACUACUGCGUUACCAGCCUGAAAGUGACAUUGAUGGCUUUGUUAAAUUUAUCUCAGAAGAAAACACCAAAAAGAAGGAAGGAAUCCUGGCUGACUGUGAGAAGGAUGCAUGCUCUCCAAUGAGUGAUGGAGAGGAAUUCAGUGGCCCAGCCACAAAUACCUGUGGUGCAAAGAAUCUGCCUUCUCUUGGAGACAAUGAAAUGCUUAUUGGCAAAUCAGAUAAGUCCCACUACAAUAUAAACCACCCCAAUUAUGGCACGGUUGAUAUGACAUCAGGGAUUGAAGCAGAUGGGUCUGAAAAUAGGUAUCUUUUUAAAAUAAAAAAAUUUAUAGGCCCACGAUAUUAUACCUUAAGAAUCCGCCUCGGAUUGCCUGGAAAAAUGGAUCGUCCAACUGCUGCAACUGGCCGCACAGUCACCAUAUGUGUCAUUCUGCUUUUCCUUCUGAUAUUAAUCUUCUGCUCUUUCAUUAUAUUUGCUGCUGACUAUAUCUAUGAACAAGCAUGGUGGGCUAUCCUCCUGGUUGUUUUGAUGGUCCUGCUGCUCUUUGCCUUGGUGUUUGUAAUCCUACAACAACCAGAAAACCCCAAAAAGCUGCCGUACAUGGCACCAUGCGUCCCAUUUGUCCCUGCUUUUGCCAUGCUGGUAAAUGUGUAUCUCAUGCUGAAACUGUCAUCAAUCACAUGGAUUCGCUUUGCUAUCUGGUGUUUUGUUGGCCUGUUGAUUUAUUUUGGCUACGGCAUGUGGAACAGCACCUUAGAAAUCAGCGCCAGAGAGGAGGUUCUCCAUCAAAGCACAUAUCAACGCUAUGAUGUUGAUGACAAUUUCUCAGUGGAUGAUGGGUUUUCCUACCCUUCAGAAGAAAACUUCCAAGACUGGGGUGGAACGGAAACAAAAGACAGCUACUAUCAGCAGGACCCAAAGACAGAAGGCAACAGCCAGAUGAACAGCAGGCCCAAAAGUAAACGGAAGCACAAACAGGAUUCUGAUGCAUUGAUUGCCAAUGACGAGUUAGACUAUGGUGCAGAAUAAAUCCAAGCCCAUUACUUUGUGCUCCAUCUCUGUAUGAAUAUGACAGCUUCGUCGGCUCCAAGUAGAAUUUUGCUUGUUUUCCUCACAAAUUCUGCUGCUUAUGUUAUUAAGUUGUAAGCAAGUGUUCAGUCUGGUGUAAUUUUUCUUCACGUUUUAUGCACCACUUCCUGUCUUUGAAUACAAGUGAAAGGGUAACCAUAAGAUAUACAAUUCAAGAGCAUUUUGUGAAACAUAUAUUUAUACUUGUAUAGAGUCUUUAUAUAAUGGAGAAUCCCUGGAAGUAGCUGAUGUCAAGUUGAGAGUUGUAAUUAUUUUCUUUUUGCAUUCCUCCUUUUCUGUGCAUAGACUAUGCCUAGUAAAUGAGGACUGUAAGCAAAUGUUUUUUCAAACUAUUAAAAGUAGCAUACUGUUUUAUUGGCUACUAAGUUUGUCAUGGUAGGACAAAUAUGUUUGGUGGGACAAAAUUUGUUUGUGUGUUUGGAUCUGACAAAGGCAAUGUCACCUCUUGCCCCUGUCUGUCCCUAAGCACACAUAAAACCAGGCCCCACUGCCUUAGGUUGUGGUCAAGGGCUGAAAUUGACAAUCCUUUGUCUGUCAACGAAUGGAGUAACUUAAUCAAGAUGUCUAGCACUUAAAUCCCAGAGUCCUGCUUACAGUAUGAUGUGUUCAUAGACUGGAUGACAGGAUACAGCAAAACAUGGGGAUGAACUAUUAUAACCAAUCUGCUUAUCUAGGAGCAUACAACUAAGGUUUCCUUUGCAACACAUGUAAUUCAAAGUAAGGGAUUGUGUGUGUUUGUGUGGCUAGUUUCACAUUCUAUUACCCAUUGUAAAUAAUUCCUUAUAUUUGUACCUUCUUCUAUCAUUCACUGACUUGCUGAGAGUCAUUUUCCGGUGUCACUGCUGGCAUCACAAAAAUCAUUUGACAUUAUGUGCCUCUUCCAGUUGAUCCAAAGAAGGUGCCCAUGUCUCUAUGGAAGUAUUCACUAGCAAGACUGUCUUAACAUUUGUGGUGGCAUGGGAACCAUUUAGUGCUGUUUUUAGCAGGGUGCAAGAUGCCAGAGUCUUGGUAGGCACCCUAGAACAACAGUUGUAUGCAAACCUUAAUUAUAGACGUCUAUUGCAACCCAAAUAUCUCUGUAUCUUCUUGGAAGUAGCUGCAUAUGUGGAUAGUGACUAAAGAAGGAUGGUAAAAGGAAAGCUUUGUACUAAUUGUAGUCUCUGGCUGUUGCUCCACUACAGCUUCCAACAGCCACAGCUCACCAGUGCCUAUUAGGGCAUUCUAGGAGUUAUUGUUCAAUAAUAGCUGGAUAGCUGCAGGUUGUGGGUCCCACACAGGUUGUUUUAUAUGGACAGUGACAGGGAGGCCUGAAAAGAAUUUUAAAAUAUAAAGAAAAAACAUUUUUAUGUAUAGACUAUUUUCCUGCAUAUAACUGAAAUUAAAAUUUUGUAAUCCUGGAGAGCCUCUUAAAUUGUAUUUCUCUUCCUUUAGAAAAAAACAAAAAUUAUAUUUCUGAUUCACCUGGCAGUUUCUUUUCCUUAUUGUCACAAAACAGUGGUUUACCCAGAAUCCAUAUGGAGCAAAUUAUUAGUUUCCUACUACCUUCAGUCAACAGGAAUUCACAGAGCAGAUAUAUGAGUGUGCAACACAUUUCAUACACAUUUUCAAACACAUUUCAUAGCUUUGCAUGAAGUAAUCCUCAGAAAUGGCAGAGCUUUUGAUUGGAACAAUUGUUCCUAAGAGAUCUUUCUCAAAAAAAGCUAGUAUAUUCAGAAGAGACUUUUCCCUUAUGGUGUCCGUAUAGAGAAGUACAUUGCCAGAACUAGGGGAAGACAGAGCAGGCAGGUUCUGUUCUUUCAACAUUUAAGUGCCUAAACUAUCCAAGUAUGGCGAACCCUGGUCCCCAUUUGUACAAUGAUCCAGCUCUGCCAUCACACUUACCAUGCACUGCACCCACAUAAAUUAUGCAGCAUCCUCGUCCACCUUUUUAUUACAGUGAUCUCUGCCUGCCCCCUCUGAUAUGUGGCAUAUCAAAUCACCUGUACAUGGGUGGUGCCCUAUACCUAGUUUGCCUAGGGAACCAAAGCAUCUAGGUCCAGCAAUGAUUAAUUACCUUUUGCUUUAUUUCAGUUCUGUGGUUUAUGUACAUAUAUACAUAUACAGUGGAGAGGUGACUGGAGAAUUGUAAGGUAUCUAUCAUGUGACUUGAUAUAGCCCGCUAGGCUGUGGAACUGUUACCAGCUCUCGGGGUAUUAGGUUGAAUGUAAGGAAAAUCUCAUGCAUGAUGUUUUCCUGCGAUCCAAUAACCAGAAUGCUACUGAUUUUCCUCAAGGCCUGCGUCAGUAAAAAGGAACUGAUUGUAUAUUCCUUUUAAGAUACAGACUGUAAUUCUGCUUCUCUUUGUUUCCAUUUAGAAAUGUACUAUAACAUUUACUAUCCUGUGUGCCAAAUUGCCUAGGCCAUAGAUCAUAAACCCAUGCUUCUCCUGAUACUACUAAAUGCAAGCCCUGCAUCCCAACAUCCUGUCAGUAGAUUCUGAGAGCUGACAUUUAGCAGCAAUGGAAGAGCUACACACUGUAGAUCCAUGCCUGGAAAAACAGAUAAAAACAUAAAAUAUAAAAACAUACUACUGGUUCUUGAAACUGGGAAAUGUAAUUGCUGCACUGUGAAUAUUUUGUGCUAGGUAUCAUUUCGGUAUUAAUCAUUUCUUGGAGUUAGAGGUAUAAAGCUAUCUAUUCCGAAGGCACCUGGGACAGAAAUAUACUGUUAGAAAUUAUUCUAGAUAAUGUUUGGCUGCAGAUUUCUGCAUCUCAUCUUGGGCAGCUUAGAAAGGAUAGACUGGAUGCUACAGGAAUGCAGACAUUCCCCCCAGAGGAACCAUAGAUGAUAUCACUGAAGCUCAGCUAAUAAAUCAUGUCUUCUAAUACCUCAUGUCAGCACAGAGCCAUGCAGGAAUGGUCUCUCUGCAUCACUUUAUAAAGAACACCAUGGGCUGAAUUAUCUGGAAAAUACACAUCUUGUAACUUACAGAAGCUUUUUAUCUGUGAAAUCUUCCAGCAGAAACAUUUUGCUUUAAGAGUUUCACACAAUUCUCAUUGCUGUUCAGUAACCAAGUUCAUGCUUUUGAGUCGUUUAGCAAGUCUGAAGCUAGAGAUGUAUUUUAACUUGUCAUCUGCAUGUUGAUUUUUGUAUUUGCCUUUAUUAGUGUGUUGGAUGUUAUUGGGUUGUUAGGAGUUAUUAUUAAAAAAAAACUGCCAUUUUCA